GGCCAAUUACACGCCAACGGCCCGAUUAAAAUCCAAUUCCGCGUAAAAAUAACUCGCACUUUUCCGCGUUUUCCCCCCGACAAAAAGAAGUCCCGUUCGAGCGAGCGCCUGCGCCAUCCAGAAACCUCCCCCGAAAACCGGCAACAACCUGUUCCAUCGCUCAUUCCGCCGAUUCCACCAGUUCCCGCCGGGAUGCUCCACAUCCACCGACGAUUGCUCUACACCUCAAACUACUCCAACGCUUUGGAGUACGGCUACACGUGCGCCAACAGCUCGCGGCACUUCUACGCCUACAUGGAGCUCUUCCACGAGUACUACACCCCGUUCAUCAUGGUCGCCGGCAUGCUGGGCAACUCCGUCUCCUGCUUGGUGCUGCUCUCCACGCACCUCAGGCUCAGGAGCUCCAGCUACUAUCUGGCGGCCCUGUCGCUGGUCGACAGCGGCUACUUGUUCUGCGCCUUUUUGGUGUACUGCAGCUCGGGGGACCUCUUCAAUUUGUACGACAGGCCCGGCUUCUGCCAGACCUGCAUCUACUUGACCUACGUGUUCUCGUUUCUGAGCGUUUGGUUGAUAGUGGCCUUCACCGUGGAGCGCUUCAUCGCCGUGCAGUAUCCGCUGAAGAGGCCCUACAUUUGCACGGUGAAGAGGGCCAAGAUGAUCGUGGGCGCGCUCACCGCGCUGGCUUUUCUGCUCUACGCGCACACCUUCUGGAUAACGGACGUCAUCGAGGACGAGUGCCAGAUGCGGCCCGAGUACCAGGAGGUGAUGGAGGUGGUGAAUUACGCGGAUACGGUGGGUACGUUGCUGAUACCGGUGGUGAUGAUAGUGGGGAUGAAUUCGAUGAUUGCGUGCAGUUUGUUCAAGUUCAGGAGUACCAUGCAGGUGAGGUUGACGGACGAUGGACGGCCGAGGAACGUGCACGCCUGUCGCAAUAGUACUUCGCAGAGUACUUCUUCAACAAAAAAAUCCAAAGAUCACCAACAACUCGAGGAAAACAAAAAGCAAAUCAGGGUCAUUAAGAAGUUGAAUAAAUUUUCUCACAUUUUUGUAAAAAAAUCCACCAACACCACCCCAUACUACACGCAACACGGUAUCAACAAAAUGCUCUUCGUCAUUUCGUCGGUCUUCAUUGUGCUGAAUUUUCCCAGUUACCUAAUCCGCCUCUGUUACUACUUCGAUUCGAUCAUGCAACUGCAAGUGGUCCGGAUAUACUUCGAUUGCAUCCAGCAAUUCGCCAUGUUGCUCUACUGCACGAAUUUCAGCAUCAAUUUCCUGCUGUACACGAUGUGCGGCAAGGCUUUCAGGCUCAGCCUGCGCAUGUUCUUCGCCAGCGCCUUUCACAGGCUGACCUGCGUCGGCCAGGCCAACUCCACCAGCAAUAUUUGAACACAAAAACCCGGUGUUUCCCGAGGAAAAUUGGAGAAGAUUGAACAUUGAGCUGGUUCGGGAAUUGUAUCAAUUCAAAUGUGGAAAAUGAGGUGCAAUAAAGUUAUCAA